UAUGGUCAACAAACGCUUGCUCCUACAAACACUUCAUCUUCAAUUUCUCCUCCUCCAGCCAGGAACUAUGGCAACAUGUCAUGUUGUGUUCUUCCCUUUCAUGGCUUACGGCCACAUGAUUCCGAUGGCCGAUAUGGCCGUACUCUUCGCCUCUCGCAGCCUACGAACUACCAUCGUCACCACCUCAUCAACUGCACACCGGCUCUCCAAAUCAAUCCAGAAAACCAUCAACUACACUCACCAAAUCGCUCUUCAUACCAUCGAAUUCAAACCGAACAAAGCCGGUUUACCUCUGGUCAUCGAUAACCCCGAUCAGAUUAUUACUAAUGAAGACCUAUCCAGAUUGUUGGAGGCCAUCACAACGCUUCAAGAGCCAUUUGAACAAUUCAUUGAAAUAUCCCAACCGAAUUGCAUAGUUUCGGACAUGUUCUUUCCAUGGACAACUGAAACCGCAGCCAGAUUUAACAUCCCCCGAAUCGCUUUCAAUGGAACCGGGUUCUUCCCGUUGUGUGUUGCGAACGCGAUGCUACUUUACCAGCCUACGGUUUCGUCUGAUUCGGACCCUUUUGUUGUCCCUUAUGUUCCUCAUGAGAUCAAGUUAAAGCGAAAACAAUUGCCUCAAAUUGAUUCUGAAGAAUGUAAAGUGUUUUUGAAGGUGAUCAUACAAGCUGUAGAAGCAGAAGCAAAGAGUUAUGGAGUUAUUAUCAACAGUUUUUACGAGCUUGAACCGGAGUAUGUUCGCCAUUAUCGUGAAGUUUUAAAGAGAACAGCAUGGCACGUAGGGCCGGUUUCGUUAUGGAGCAAGAAUACGGAAGAUAAGCUCGAAAGAGGGAAGAAAUCCGCAAUCAAUGAACACCAAUGUUUGAAAUGGUUGGAUUCAAAGGAACCAAAUUCCGUUAUUUACGUAAGUUUUGGUAGCAUGGUGAAGGUUCCCAGCUCGCAACUUUACGAGAUCGCUAUGGCGUUAGAAGCCUGCGAUGAGAACUUCAUUUGGGUUGUGCGGAACGAUCAAGAAGCUAUGAUUCCGGACGGAUUUGAGGCACGGAUUACGGCGAAAGGGAAAGGGUUGAUAAUAAAGGGGUGGGCGCCGCAAGUGUUGAUUCUUGAUCAUGAAUCGGUUGGCGGGUUUGUAACACACUGCGGGUGGAACUCGGUGUUGGAAGGUGUUUCCUGUGGGGUGGCGAUGGUGGCAUGGCCGGUCAUGGCGGAGCAGUUUUAUAAUGCAAAAUUGGUGACAGAUAUUUUACAAAUCGGAGUUUCGAUUGGUGAUGUAGAGUGGAGUGCGGCUUCCAUGUGCGAUGGGGUGAAGCAGGAGACGAUCCAGAGGGUGGUGACCACGGUGAUGGGAGUGAAAGAAGGUGAUGCGAUGAGAAUGAGAGCUCGAGAACUGAAAGAGAAAGCAAAAACGGCUGUUGAAGAAGGUGGAUCAUCGUAUUCAGAUUUGACUACGUUUGUUGAGGACAUAAAUGCAUUUAGGAACGUAAACUGCCCCACUUUUUAGUACUCGAGAUAAGCUCAGCUGGAAUCGACCAGAGCGUAAAUGAGAGUUUGAUAGGAAAUAAGCUCAUUUAAUAAACAAGUACUAGUGUUAUUUAUGGAACUUAUAGUUCAUGGGAGUUUAUUAUAUAUAAUUUAUCUAAUG